AUGUUUUUCUUGAAAGAAUUGACACACACUAUAUCCUUACACCCCUCCUACUUUGGGCCUAAUAUGCAAGGUCAAUUGAAGGACAAGCUAUACGCUGACGUUGAAGGCACAUGUACCGGACGAUAUGGAUACGUUAUCACUGUUCUGUCGCUCAACAACAUUGGCAAAGGAAAGAUAUUACCAGGCUCGGGUUUAGCAGAGUUCAAGGUGAAUUACCAAGCUAUUGUGUUCAAACCAUAUAAAGGAGAGGUCCUCGAUGCAAUUGUUACUACAGUGAAUAAGAUGGGCUUUUUCGCUGAUGUGGGACCAUUACAAGUGUUUGUUUCCAACCAUUUGAUUCCUACAGAUAUGAGAUUCGAUGCCAACGGCAAUCCGCCAUGCUAUUCGUCUGAGGAUCAGGUGAUACAGAAAGAUGUGCAAGUUAGAUUAAAAUUGGUAGGUACUCGUGUAGAUGCAACUGAAAUUUUUGCAAUUGGUACCAUUAAAGAAGAUUAUCUCGGUGUUAUUUCCUCAUAA